CUCUGGAUAGUCGUGGUUAACAUAGAGUCAACAGUGACCUUGUUCUUAGAAUUUCUAUUCAAGAAAAUGAUGAGAAGUUUUGGAGUGGACAUAGAGAUCCCAGUAGUCACACUCUCUUUUUUUUUUUUUUCUGAGUCUUGUACUGUUGCCUAGGCUGGAGUGCGGUGGCAUGAUCUUGGCUCACUGCAGCCUCCAUGUCCUGAGUUCAAGCAAUUCUCCUGCCUCAACCUUCCAAGUUGCUGGGAAUACCGGUGCCCACCACCAUGCCCAGAUAAUUUUUGUAUUUUUUUUUUUUUUGGAGACGGAGUUUCGCUCUUGUUACCCAGACUGGAGUGCAAUGGCGCAAUCUCGGCUCCCUGCAACCUCCGCCUCCUGGGUUCAGGCAAUUCUUCUGCCUCAGCCUGCUGAGUAGCUGGGAUUACAGGCACGCACCACCAUGCCCAUCUAAUUUUUUGUAUUUUUAGUAGAGACGGGGUUUCACCAUGUUGACCAGGAUGGUCUUGAUCUCUUGACCUCGUGAUCCACCCGCCUCGGCCUCCCAAAGUGCUGAGAUUACAGGCGUGAGCCACCACACCUCGCCAAUUUUUGUAUUUUUAGUAGAGAUGAGGUUUCACCAUGUUGACCAGGCUGCUCUUGAACUCCUGACCUUGUGAUCCACCUGCCUCGGCCUCCCAAAGUGCUGGGAUUACAAGGCGUGAGCCACUGUACCUGGCCCCAUUAGUUUCUUUUACUUCUUUCUAUAAAAUAUUCACUUACUUUUCUUUUUUUUUAGAGACAGGGUUUCACCAUGUUGGUCAGGCUGGUCUUGAACUCCUGACUUCAGGUGAUCCGCCUUGGCCUCCCAAAGUGCUCGGAUUACAGGUGUGAGCCACCGUGUCCAGCCAAAAUAUUCACUUAUUAAUUUAGAAAAUAGAACAAUUUUCCCAGUGUAGUAAAGUUUUGCCUUUUUAAACGCACACACACUCUCCCUUCUCUGUCUCACACACAUCCACACACACUGAUUAUUUUAAAUAAUUUGGAAAAUAGGGAGUUACAAAGAGCAAAAGUAAAUCUACUACCCAGAAAUAACCUCUGUUAAUAUUUUGAUCUAUUUUCUUCUAGUAAGUUUCCUAUGCACGUAUAACAUACAUUACUUUCAAGAUUGGAAUCUUACAGCAUCCACCAUUUCAUAUCUUGUAUUUACACUACAAAUUAUGUAUAGUUGUUAUAUUUGUUUUUCUUUUCUUUUUGUUUGAGACUGGGUCUUGCUCUGUCAUCCAGGCUGGAGUGCAGUGGCAUGAUCUCGGCUCACUGCAACCUCCGCCUCCUGGUUCAAGCAGUUCCCUUGCAUCAGCCUCCAGAGUAGCUGGGACUACAGGCACAUGCCACCAUGCCCAUACCCAACUUUUUUUUUUUUUUCUUUUUUGUAUUUUAGUGGAAUUGGGGUUUCACCAUGUUGGCCAGGGUGGUCUUGAUCUUCUGACCUCGUAAAAUAUUUUAAACUGCCAUUGCAGUUCAUUCUUUUUUUUUUGAGACAGAGUUUCGCUUUUGUUGCCCAGGCUGGAGUGCAGUCGCGUGAUCUUGGCUCACCACAACCUCCAUGUCCUGGUUUCAAGCAGUUCUCCUGACUCAGCCUCCUGGAGUAGCUGGGAUUACAGGCAUGUGCCACCACACCCGGUUACUUAUAUAUUUUUAGUAGAGAUGGGGUUUCUCCAUGUUGAUCAGACUGAUCUUGAACUCCUGACCUCAGGUGAUCCGCCCGCCUGGGCCUCCCAAAGUGCUGGGAUUACAGGUGUGAGCCACCGCACCCGGCCACAAUUUAUUCUUUGAGCCACUGGGUAUUUAUGAAUACACUGCUUAAAUUCCUGACUUACUAUAAUAUCCUCAGGGUUUAAACAUGUUGUAGCAUGUGACAGGACUUACUUUUUUGUUGUUUAUUUGUUAUUUGUUUUAAUAUGCUUUAUUUUUUAGGGUACCUUUAGGUUCACAGUAAAAUUGAGCAGAAGGUACAGAGAUUUUCCAUAUUUCCCUACACAUGUAUGGUCUCCCCCAUCGUCAACAUCCCCCACCAGAGUGAUACUCUAUUACAACUAAUGAACCCACAUGGACACAUCAUUAUCACCCAGCGUCUGUAGUUUACAUUAGGGUUCACUCCUAGUGUUAUACAUCCAUGGGUUUGCAUAAAUGUAUAGUGACAUGUGCCUGCCAUUAUGAUGUCAUCCAUAUUGAUUCCAUUGCUCUAAAAAGCCUCUGUGACCUGACGGAUCAUCCCUCCCUUCCUGUCAAUUCCUAAUCUAAUCUUUUUAUUGUCUCCAUAGUUUUGCCUUUUCCAGAAUGUCGAAAUCAUACAGUAUGUAGUUUUUUGGAUUGGUUUCUUCCACUUAGUAAUGUGCAUUUAAGUUUCCCAAGCUGUUGAUCAUGAGGCUGAGUCCCUUUUUCUACUUCAUCAGGCAUGUAAGUUUCUAUUUUUUUUUUUUUUUUGAGACGGAGUUUCGCUCUUGUUACCCAGGCUGGAGUGCAAUGGCGCGAUCUCGGCUCACCGCAACCUCCGCCUCCUGGGUUCAGGCAAUUCUCCUGCCUCAGCCUCCUGAGUAGCUGGGAUUACAGGCACGCACCACCAUACCCAGCUAAUUUUUUGUAUUUUUAGUAGAGAUGGGGUUUCACCAUGUUGACCAAGAUGGUCCCCAUCUCUUGACUUCGUGAUACACCCGCCUCGGCCUCCCAAAGUGCUGGGAUUACAGGCUUGAGCCACCGCGCCUGGCCACAAGUUUCUAUUUUUAAUAUAGAUUUUAUUUUUUGUAACUCAGUUCACUUAUUGGACAAGAUUUGUGCUUUAAAUUUUUUCAUGAUCUGCAGUUUCAUUACAACUCAUUCCCCUGUUAUGAAGAUACAUUGACCUGGGUUAAUAAUACUUUUAAAUUUUGCUUAUUUAUUUAUUUAUUUUUUGAGAUGGAGUCUCACUCUGUUGCCAGGCUGGAAUGUAGUGGCGCAUCUCGGCUCACUGCAACCUCUGCCUCCUGGGUUCAAGUCGUUCUCCUGCCUCAGUCUCCCAAAUAGCUGGGACUACAGGUAUACACCACCAUACCAGCUAAUUUUUGUAUUUUUAGUGGAGACAGGGUUUCACCUUGUUGGCCAGGAUGGUCUCGGUCCGUUGUGAUCCACCCACCUCGGCCCUCCAAAGUGCGGGAAUUACAGGCAUGAGCCACUGCACCCGACCAGGAGAACGGCCCCAGGGAGGACUAACCAUCUGCAGUACUGAAAGCCAUGGCCGAGGGAUCAGUGAUGUUCAGUGAUGUGUCCAUAGACUUCUCUCAGGAGGAGUGGGACUGCCUGGACCCUGUUCAGAGGGCCUUAUACAGAGACGUGAUGCUGGAGAACUACAGCAAUCUGGUUUUGAUGGGACUUCAUACUCCUAAGCCUCAGGUGAUCUCCUUGUUGGAACAAGGGAAAGAGCCCUGGAUGGUUGGCAGAGAGCUUACAAGAGGCCUGUGUUCAGAUCUGGAAUCAAUGUGUGAAACCAAGUUAUUGUCUCUAAAGAAGGAAGUUUAUGAAAUACAGUUAUGUCAGAGGGAGAUAAUGGGACUUACAAAGUAUGGCCUUGAGUGCUCCAGCUUUGGAGAUGUUCUGGAAUAUAGAAGCCACCUUGCAAAACAACUGGGAUAUCAAAAUGGGCAUUUCAGUCAAGAAAUACUCACUCCUGAAUACGUGCCCACAUUUAUUCAACAGACGUUCCUUACUCUCCAUCAAAUAAUUAAUGAUGAACACAGACCCUAUGAAUGUAAGAAAUGUGGAAAGGCCUUUAGUCAGAACUCACAGUUUAUUCAACAUCAGAGAAUUCAUAUUGGCGAAAAAUCUUAUGAAUGUAAAGAGUGCGGGAAAUUCUUUAGUUGUGGUUCACAUGUUACUCGGCAUCUGAAAAUUCAUACUGGUGAAAAACCCUUUGAAUGUAAGGAAUGUGGAAAGGCCUUCAGUUGUAGCUCAUACCUUUCUCAACAUCAGAGAAUCCAUACCGGUAAGAAACCCUAUGAAUGUAAGGAAUGUGGGAAGGCCUUUAGUUAUUGCUCAAAUCUGAUUGACCAUCAGCGAAUUCACACCGGUGAAAAGCCUUAUGAAUGUAAAGUAUGUGGGAAAGCCUUUACUAAGAGCUCACAACUUUUUCAACAUGUGCGAAUUCAUACAGGUGAGAAACCCUAUGAAUGUAAGGAAUGUGGGAAAGCCUUUACCCAGAGCUCAAAGCUUGUUCAACAUCAGAGAAUUCAUACUGGUGAGAAACCCUAUGAGUGCAAGGAAUGUGGCAAAGCCUUCAGUAGUGGCUCAGCACUUACUAAUCAUCAAAGAAUCCACACUGGUGAGAAACCCUAUGAUUGUAAGGAAUGUGGGAAGGCUUUUACUCAGAGCUCACAGCUUCGUCAGCAUCAGAGAAUUCACGCUGGUGAGAAACCCUUUGAAUGUCUUGAAUGUGGGAAGGCCUUUACUCAGAACUCACAACUUUUCCAACAUCAGAGAAUCCAUACUGAUGAAAAACCGUAUGAAUGUAAUGAAUGUGGAAAGGCCUUUAAUAAAUGCUCAAACCUUACUCGACAUCUGAGAAUCCACAGUGGUGAAAAGCCCUUUAACUGUAAGGAAUGUGGGAAGGCUUUUAGUAGUGGCUCAGACCUCAUUCGCCAUCAGGGAAUUCAUGCUAAUGAAUAAUAAAAAUUAAAGCUCCUGUCACCUCCCUCAUAUUUUAAACCAAAAUUCACAUCUAAUAGUUCUCCUCUUUCAUAAUUUUUUAUAACUUUGUAUUUAAAUUUUGUAUUCAAAUGUAUCUCCAAGUUAUAAAUCCAGAGUCUGACCUGAGAUUCCCGCCCCCUGGCCCUCCAUCAUAUACCAAUGCCAGCUGUUCUACGGUUCUUUCUUUCAUUGUUUGGUUCUGCUUUCCUGGUGGUGCAUUAUACUCUUGUUUAUAUUUGCUUCGUUUUUAGGGCUGUCUUUUCUGAUCUGUGUAUUUGUUUUUGCACCAGUAUUGCACUGUUCGAAUUGUGUUACCUUUAAUAUUUUUAAAUUCCUUGUGAAUUAUAACUUUGUUUUUGAAGUCAGUGUUAAUCUUUUAUAAAUUUACACUUUUAGUUAUUCAGCCAAAAAUCACAAAAAAUUAACAAACUAAAAAGCAAAAAAUAAUCGUAAUCAUACUUCUAGAUGGCUACUCUCAAUUUGAUAGAGAAAACCCUGCUGUACUUUGCUUUUUAUGAAGUAUAAUUAUGGUAUGCGUGCUGUACCUUUCACUGCUUUUAUCAUGCCAACAAAUUCAUGAGUGCCAUUCAAUAAACAUAGAUGGUUAUUAUUUUCAUGGCAUAUCUAAUGACUUUAAAAUGACUAUUCGUGUUAUGGUUACCUCGAAAUUUUUGCAGCUAUUAAAGCUGACUUCCUUAUUAUGACCCAAAAUUUAUCUUUGGAUGCUUGUUUUUACUUUUAAAAACAUUUAUUUUAAUUGCUAAAAUUAUCCAAAUUUUCAUCUUGUGAACUGUUUUGUUCCUUUACAUCAAACCUAAUCCCAGUGCCACACUAGAAACUAAUCACUGUUAUGAAAGUGUUGUUUAUCAAUCCAGAUAUGAAAUGUUUUUAUUUUAAUUUUUUUGAAAUGGAGUCUCACUCUGUUGCCCAGGCUGGAAUGCUGUGGUGUGAUAUCGGCUCACCACAACCUCCAUCUCCCAGAUUCAACCAGUUUUCCUGCCUCAGCCUCUCAAGUAGCUGGGACUACAGGCGUGCACCAACAUACUUGGCUAAUUUUUGUAUUUUUAGUAGAGACAGUGUUUCACUAUGUUGGCCAAGCUGGUCUUGAACUCUUGACCUUGUCACCCACCUGUCUCGGCUUUCCAAAGUGCUGGGAUUACAGGUGUGAGCUACCGCACUGGCCUGAUUUUUUUUCUUAUAGAUGUUGGUGGUGUUUUAAAAAAUUGUGUCUAGGUAUAUAUAAUCAGGCUGUAUGUAUUGGUUUGCUGUGAGGAUUCAAUGAAUAAUAAAUGUAUAGUACUUCAAACUUUUAUUAGGUUUAGUAAAAGUUUUCCAUGAUUAUCAGUGAUAUGCUCAAUAUGAUAAGUUUCUUAACAUUUAUGGAAAUGAUUUUAACCAUGUCGUUUACUUUGGCAAAUUUAUAAUUCAUAGUGGAAAAAGAGAAGCAUUUGUAAUGAGUAUAACAAAGCCUUUCCCAUCAUUAUUAUUCAGCAUGGAAUUUUAAAAGGAAGAAAAAAGUAUGUGUGAAUAGUCUUUGUUCAGAUUUCAUCUUUUAUGCUACAUAAAGAAUACCAGUCUGAGGCCGGGCACAGUGGCUCACACCUGUACUAGUAGCACUUGGGAGGCCAAGGUAGGUGGAUCACUUGAGGUCAGGAGUUUGAGACCAGCCUGGCCAACAUGGUGGUGAAACCCCAUCUCCACUAAAACAAAAAAAUUAGCCAGGUGUGGUAUUGCAUGCAUAUAAUCCUAGCUACUCGGGAGGCUGAGGUGGGAGGAUUGCUUGAACCUGGGAGGCGGAAGUUACAGUGAGCUGAGAUCAUGCCACUGCACACUCCAGACUGGGUGACAGAGUGAGACUGUGUCUCAAAAAAAAAAAAAAAUACCAAUCUGAAACCCUGUAAAUAUGAUGCAUAGUGGAAAGCACAGCUCUCAAAAAACCAGGAAGAGAUUAUAACAGUUUUUCUAAUAUUUCCCCCCCAAAAAGCAGAAAACAUACUGGCUGCAUUAUUUGACCAGAAGAAGCAGUGCAAUAGGAUAGUCAUCAAAUAUAUGAUUAUUAAUUCAAUAUUCCCUCUUAACUAACCUGGGUUAAGGAAUAAAUCCCUAAUAUAUACAUUAUUUUUCAUUUUUUAUUUUUUUUGAGAGGGAAUCUUGCUCUGUCUCUCAGGCUGGAGUGCAGUGGUGCAAUCUUGGCUCACUGCAACCUCCGCCUCCUGGGUUCAAGCAGUUCUCCUGCCUCAGCCCCCCGAAUAGCUGGGAUUACAGGCACCUGCCACCACGCUAGACUAAUUUUUGUAUUUUAGUAGAAAUGGUGUUUCAAUAGGUCAAGCUGGUCUUGAACCCCUCCUGACCUCAAAUGGUCUGCUCACCACGGCCUCCCAAAGUGCUGGGAUUACAGGCGUGAGCCACCAUGCCCGGCCCCUAAUAUAUACAUUACUUAAAGAUACAUGAAAAUGAAAACAAUUGAAAAGUUGUCUUGGAAGUUUUAUUACCUAAUAUCCACCCAUAUAUUGUAAUACCAGGAAGAGUAAAUAAAAUAUAAAACCCAGGGAACUAAAACAAGCUGAAAUGAAUUGUGGGACAAGGAGGUAUUAUUAUUUUAUUUUUUUUGAGACUGAGUCUCUCUCUUGUUGCCCAGGCUGGAGUGCAGUGGCAUGAUCUCGGCUCACUGCAACCUCCACCUCCAGAGUUCAAGUGAUUCUUCUGCCUCAGCCUCCCAAUUGGUUAGGAUUAAAGGCAUGCACCACCACGCCCAGCUAGGUAUUAUUUUAAAAGGCAGAAAUAACUGAAAGAAAAAAACUGGAUCUAAAUAAAAUACAAAAUUUGAUAUUUGAUGGAAGAGAAAAAAAAGGAGACAAACUUUAGUGAUUCCAGAGGUAAAAUAAGAAUGACGAAUAAUAUUGUAAAUGAGAAAUUGAAAUGACUCUCAUAUAUAUAUAUAUAUAUAUAUAUAUAUAUAUAUAUAUAUACUUUUUUUUUUUUUUUUGAGACAGAGCCUCAUUCUGUCGCCCAUGCUGGAGUGCAGUGGCAUGAUCUCUCCUCAUUGCAACCUCUCACUCCCGGGUUCAAGCAAUUAUCUUGCCUCAGCCUCCUGAGUAGCUUCUAUUACAGGCAUGCACCACCAUGCCCAGCUAAUUUUUUUGUAUUCUUAGUAGAGAUGAGGUUUUUUUCAUAUUGGCCAGGCUAGUCUUGAACUCCCGACCUCAGGUGAUCCGCCUGCCUCGGCAUCCCAAGCUGUUGGUAUGACAGGUGUGAGCCAUCACACCUGCCCAAAAGACUAUGUAUUAAAACUUAAGAGAACUGUCAUUUGGGGUGUUGAAAAUGUGGAAUGGGUAGAAAUUGUUUUGUUCAUAUACUACAGACCACUCAACUGUACACUUUAAAAGGGUAAAUAUUACGCUGUGUGAAUUUUAUCUCAAUUUUAAAACUUAAGGCUGGGUGCAGUGGCUCAUGCCUGUAAUCCCAGCACUUUGGGAGGCUGAGGAUGGAGAGUGGCUUGAGGCUGGGAGUUCAAGAACAGAUUAGGUAACAUAGUGAGACUCCCUCCCCUCAUCUCCACAAAAAAGAAAUUUAAAGACAACAAACUUAAAAGUUGGUAUUAUAGAUACUUUUAUAACAUAUCUGAAAAUCUGGAAAAAUCUGUGAUUUUUAAUAACUUGAUAUCAGAAUUAACUGGAGGUGUCAAAUCUUAAUACACCUCCCUCCACAAUAAACUUUAAAAAAUAAGACCAUAAAAUUUUUCAGAAAACAUUUGAAAUGUCAAAUCGCUACACUAAAAAAUACACCAAGGUAGGCAUUUUUAUAAGUGAAAUUUAUGAAAUGUUUUGGGAACUCUUCCAGGACACAGACUGAGAUAGCAAAUUAUCUAUUUUUAUGAAUUUGUCACAAUCCUGAUGUUAAAACCUACUGGAAGAACCCAAAACAAUUUGUCCAGAAUCACUUAUGAAAAUAUGGGGUUCUAAAUUAGCAAAUUAAAUCUAGUAACCCAUUGAAAGUAAAUAUUUGUCACAUUCUGAAUUUAGGAACAAAACAAUUCUGAUAAAUCUUUUCCAAACUUGUUACGUAUUUUCUGAAACUUGAAAAUCAAAUUGAUUUAGAUAACAUAGUAUUCCUUAAUGUCUGAACUCAGGAACCAAAUAGAUGUGGAUAGCAAGGCAUUGUUGGAAUACUACACUAGGUAAUUCACAUGAAAUUGCUAGAGUUCAAAUACCUAAAAUACUGUUAAUGAAAAUAUAUUGUCUAACCUCAACAUUUUCUAGAUUAACCUUUUUUUUUUUUUUUUUUUUAGCAGUAUUUGACAGGAUGGGAUAUAUUUUAAAAAUAAACUCGGGUUAUUGUCCUA